AUGGAUCUGGACACAUGGAGCUAUGUGUGCCAGGGCAUCCCGAGCACGGUGCGCACCUUGACCAUUGACGACACGCUCUUCAACACGGUCCAGUGGCUCGUCCCGCUGCUGGACACCGUUCCGCGACUGCUGGAUCUCAACCACCUGACGCUGUGCGCCGGUACAUAUCGUGCCGGGCGCCAGGAUGUGUGCAAGGCCGUCCGUGUGAUCGCUGCGUUGGCGCCGCGCCUCGGCACUCUCCGCGUCGACGUGGUGCUGAGUCCGGAACACCUCGUCGAGUGCGUGACGCGCCUGCCGCUUCUGGAAGAAGUCGUAAUUACGAUGUUCCGGUCCACGAACGCGCUCGACUUGCUCCCGCUUUCGCGCAAGCUCCCGGUGCUGAAGAAGAUCUCCAUCGCCCACCCGGACUUCUCGUACAACUCGAUCCAGUGUCUCGUCGUGGAGCUCGCGCGCACGGCCGCACGCCGCGUGGAGCUCGACAUUUUUGGCGGCGCCGUCGAGCCAUGCAAGAGACUAAAAGAUGUCGACUAG